GAGCUCCGGGUUUCUCCACGUAGCAGAGAAGUUUACUUCACCACAGUGUUCCAGAGAGGACUCAGUAGUAAAUAAGAGCUCAGAAUAAGGUCUGGUAUUCGUUUUUAAUUUUAGAUACGCUUGCAUCUUAGUGCCACUAUGUCUUCUAGUAAAUCUCCUGACGGUGUUGUUAAAUGGGAAAGAUGGGUUCGCGUUGUUCUUUGUGCCUUGGGUUUAAUACUGUCGGUGUAUGCUCUUCAUGUGGAGCUGUCCCGCGAGAACGACCCCAAUUACCGAGCCAUGUGCGACCUCGCUGAAUCUGUGAGCUGCUCCAAGGUUUUCACCUCCAGGUGGGGACGUGGAUUUGGACUCGUGCAGCUGUUCAUUGAAAAGGACAACAUUCUAAACCAACCAAACAGUGUGUUGGGGAUCAUCUUUUACACGCUGCAGCUAGGCCUAGGCCAAAUGGUGUCCACUACAGCAGCAAAUUUCUUGGUAAUGGCAUCUUGGGUGUCAAUAGCUGGUUCAAUCUAUCUAGCUGCUAUUCUAGUGCUGGUGCUGGGUGAUUUCUGCAUGGUGUGUGUGUCGACGUACAUCAUCAACUUUGCUCUCCUCUACACAAACCUGAAGAGAAGGACAGGCCUCAGGGGAAAGCAGAAGAAGGAGAAGACAAGAUGAGCUCUCUCAUCUGUAUGUGUGUGUGUGUGUGUGUGUGUGUGUGUGUGUGUGAUGCAAGGAACCUGCAGUGAUAUUGGAUUAUACGUGUUUUUAGAUGAAGCCAAAUACAAUGACAAUGGCAUGAAAAUGGCAGUAAUCU